AUGGAGGGCCGGAACAAGAUUCUAUGGACAUUCAUCGGCUUCGAGGGUCUCUACCUAGCCUGCGCCGUCCUGCACCUCAUUGUUCCUUUGACUACCCGCGCCUCACUCCGUCGAGCGCCCAUGAUUGAUAAUGUCGCUUCCGAUCUCCUUCUCGCCCACACCCCUCUCACCGCCUCUCUGGCCAACUCGAUCCUUAUGUUCAUUAUCUUCCUUAUGUCCCUCCCGGCCAUAUUCAUCCAGACAAACCACCACUGGUUGAUCAGCCACUUGUGGGGCAUCGUGAUCACUACUUUCUGUACCCUCGGAAUCGGCUUGCGCAUUUGGUUCGAGACGCUUGAAACGCACAAAAACCUCGAGCCGCUCUGGAACAGUCAAGAAGAAUUCGUGCAGUCCCUGCUCCAAAGCCGAUUCGAGUGCUGCGGUUACAACAAUCCCAGUCUGUUUGUCCGAGACCAAACAUGCCCUACGGCUGCAGUCGCUGCGCAACUUGGCCUCUGCAUGGCCCCGUUUGGCAGUUUCGCCAACCAAUUCUUGGACAUCAUUUUUACUCUUCUAUUUGGAUUUUGUGCCAUCGAUCUAUUGCUGCUGUUGGCUACCAUGUGUUUGAUCAAGGAUCGCAAAGAGAGAGAGAGAUUUAGGAAGAUAGAUAUGAAGCUCGGCGGUAUGCAGGUGCUGUAG